GGUGUUACCACAGGGUUUGAGUGGUGUGCAAAUGUCCACAACGACUGCUGCAGCGCACUAGAAAUGACGGAAAUCCAAGAUAAAGAAGACGGUAGUCUCGAGAAAAAUACGACGAUACAGUGCCUUGAUGACUUGACAGAACACAUGACUUUAAUACGUCAUCCUAAAACACAAGGGACUUUAGACGAUGUUACUGAAAAAAAAUAUGAUGACAACAAGUGUGGAAAUAUAGAAAACUGCACGUGCACACGAGCUAACUCGUUAAACUACUUAUUAGUUUUGUUUCCAAUAAUUGGUGUUUUACGUCGCUAUAAUGUCAAGGAGUAUCUGCUCAAAGAUGUCGUAAGUGGGUUAUCUAACGCUUGCCUUCACUUCCCCCAAGGAAUGGCGUUUGGAAUACUUUCCUCCCUUGCGCCAAAGUAUGGACUUUACACUUCAUUCUACCCUGUUGUUUUGUAUGUGAUUUUUGGAACCUGUCCAUCCGUAUCAUUUGGAACAAACGCUGUGAUAGCCUUAUUCACGGCAAAUCUUGUACAGAGUCAUGUGACGUUACCUCCUUGGAGUGGGGGCAGCACCAAUAAUUCUAACAAUAGCACCGAGUCUGGGCGAAUAAAUGACGAGGAAUUCCUGGAAGCCAAAGCGGCUGUCGCAGCAGGUUCUUCUUUUAUAGUGGGGGUCCUGCUUCUGGCAUGGGGAUUGUUAAGGUUUGGUUUUAUAGCAUCAUAUAUGUCAACCCCGUUUAUAGGAUCAUUCACGACCACUGCCACCAUCCAUAUUAUCACAAGCCAAAUUCCGAAGAGCAUUGGAGUUCGGAUACCAUCGGUCUCUGGCCCUGGAAAACUAGUAAAAGUGUUCAUCGAAAUCUUCAAAAAUAUAACUACCGCAAAUGUAGGUUCCAUUAUCACAUCAAUUAUUUGUAUCAUUACUCUAGUUUUCUUCAAAGACUUUAUAAAUGAGAAGUUUAAAUCAAAAUUAUACAUGCCGAUUCCAAUAGAUCUUAUACUAGUAAUUUGUGGAACUAUUGUAUCGUACUUUGGGAACCUAAAAUCUAAGUUCAGCAUACCAGUUGUAGGCGAAAUUUCUUUAGGAAUCCCUCCUCCUACUCUUCCCGAUAUAAGAACAGGAAUUAUAGGAGAUUCUGUCGUGGUUGCUAUCAUAGUGUUCGUUUUGACCAUCUCCAUGGCCAAAGUCUGCGAUACGAAGAAUACCAUCAAUGCCGACCAGGAACUGGUAGCAUACGGGAUGUCCAACUUUGGUGGUUCGUUUUUCCGGUGCUUUCCUUCCUGUGUAGCACCACCUCGUACAAUUUUAUUAAACACGAUGGGGGCCAAAACCACACUUAAUGGCUUAUUCUCGGCCCUUGUUAUUUUGCUUAUUUUAUUGUUUCUAGGAGAGUACUUUCAAUACCUACCAAUACCCGUUUUGUCUAUUAUGGUCAUCAUGGCAGUUAAGAAUCUUCUUCUUCAAUUUCGCCAAUUACCACGGUUAUGGAAGAUAAACAAAUAUGAUUUUACUGUUUGGGUAGCUACGGUUAUAAGUGGAGUGUUCAUUGAUUUCCCUUACGCUUUGUACUGUGGGAUUGGACUUAGCAUUUUUCUUGUCGUUUUUCAAAGUCAGAAAGGAAAAGUGGGUUUGUUUGGGAAACUGGCGAACGAAGAAUUAUAUGUUGAAGAGUCAAAAAACACAGUUCUUCCGUCAAAUGUGAAGAUAUUUAAAAUGGAAUCGUCUCUUUUCUUUGCAACAGCAGAGUCUUUUCGUGAAAAUUUAUACAAACUGGCAGGGGAUCCAAGAACAGUGAAGAAAGACUCGGAAGAGGUGUCUAUCUCAGUUGACGAAAGACCUUCCAGGGACAGCAAAGUAAACGAAACAGCUUCCAGUGACACCCUGGAAUACAAACCAUGUAAAGGCGACAAUAAUACAGAAACGAAAUAUGUUAUCAUUGACUGCUCGUCGUUCAAUUAUGUAGACAGUAAUGGGGUCUCCAUCAUGUCGCUGGUUGUCAUGGAAUACCGGGCAGUUGGGAUCAAGGUACUAUUGGUCAGAUGUACUACAAGCUUUCUUGGAGUGAUGAUGAGAUCAGAGUUGAUGAAAACGGUUGGAGAAGAAAACGUUUUUCCGGAUAUCGUGGACGCUAUAAAUCUUGCUGUAUCAGAUGAAUGAUUUUGUAUUGUUUUUCAUUAUUGACAUCAUAAUAUGAAGAUAAAAAGAAAGACCUUCCAGAAACAGCAAGGUAAACGAAACACCUUCCAAUGACACCAUGGAAGACAAACCAUGUAGAGUUGUACGACCUCUAUUUUCUGUUAAUUCGUUCAAGCUUCAUGAUAAAUAUGGGCUCUUUGAAAUUGAGUCUGAAAAGAAGAUGGAAUAACAAUACAAAAUUUAAUAUCAAAGCAAAAUGAAGCUACAUGUACCUUCCAAAGUGCUAUUCACGACGAUUAUUGCAUUUUGUGUUACCUGUAUUACAUUUUAUGUGGAGAUCAACACAAAAUAUAUUAUUAUAGCUCAUUAUAAUUAUUCUACACAAUGUGUUAUCUAGUUGGUUCUGGACAGUCAUGUGACAGGGCCAUAAAACGUCGUAUUUCCCUGUC